AUGGGUGUACUACAAUUGUAUCAGUGGUACGUGGAGAAGAAGACUUUCUAUCAAGCUGAGGAGUCUGACGGCAAGCACAAACGAAUCUGGAAGUGGAGCUCUGAGCUGAAAACUUACGAUGAUAAGUAUACACUCUCUGCCGAAUUUUCCAAGGAAACCAGAUCAGGCCAGGGAAAAAUCACAAAGUCGAUUGGUGCUUACAUCAACGAAGCAGGGGAGGUCGUUGUACCCUUGCUGAAGAAAGAUGUCGAUCAACUUUACGACAACCUCAUGAAAGGAGAGCAAUAG